AUCGGCCGGACUACGGCGCAUGCUCGGAGAGAAAGCGGUUAAAUUCAAAAACAAAAAUGAAAUGGAAUGAAUGCCGAGCUGGAAAUAAUCAAAAAAGUACACAAAACGUUUAAACUGGAGGAUUACAUAAGUUAAUAUUACGUCGGCUAAACAGUAAUCACGAACAUGGACACUGCGGAGGCGGCGAGGAACCGAAAUAACCCAAGCAAACCUGGUUCAAGGAGGAUUUCAUCGAUUUUGAAAGCACCUCGCACUCCACUGAAAUCUGUUGACGUAGACAAUGAGGACUGUCAGGAUGAACCAACUGAACCAGUUGAAAAGAAAAGGAAGUCCAGAAGAGUCAGUUUUGCAACAACAAACGAUAUAAAGUACAUCAGUGACACAAAAAACAGUUCUCCAGGGAUGGGUCUCUGUGAGGACCUUGACAUCACAGGAACAGAACAACAGAACGAGAGGAUUUAUGGUACUAACAACACAGUACAGCAAAUUGUCGGGAUGGAGACAUUGCUGAAUGCCCCCCUUCAUGUUUCACACCAACAUAACAAGGAAAACAUGUUUUACAUGGAUUACCAGGAUGGCAACAGCGAUAAGACAAUCUUGUUUUCUGGAGAGGACACCGCAUGCAUGGAGAUGACCCACUGCCACACUGUUAUUGACAAUGAUGCAGUUGACUUUAACAAGACAGUCCCAAGCAGUGAAAUCAUUGCCUUUGCCUCUGAAGAGAAGCGUGAAAAGAAUUCAAACUAUGAGAAUUUGUGUAAACCUGGUAACUCCUUUAAAGGCCCAGAUACUUCAGUGGGAGCUCAAAUAACGGAAUCUGAUAUGGAUGACUUUCUUGCAAGUCUUACAGAGAUCGCUGGAAAUAGCUGUCCAGGGACUUCUAGUCAAGGUCCAAAAACCACAACAAUGGGCACUUCAUUCAUUCAGUGUAGUGAUUCAGCUGUGUGUCCAAAAGUCAACACGAAAGCUUUCUUGUCUAGCCUUAGUUCAUAUAGAUUAGGAGCUGAUAAAGUAAACCAAGCACCAUGUAUAACAAAAAUGGCAAGCAAAAAUGAUGUGAUGUCAACAACCACAUUUCCAACCCCAAAGCACAGCCUUCAGCUUAAUGAGCGAAUUGUGACAGAAGCAGAUGGAGAUGACAUGGAUUUGACAAAAAAUCAGGCAGUUUUGAUGGAUGGAAAGGACCUGUGGGUUCAGGAACAAUCUACAAAUCAAGAGAAUUUGAAGGUGACAAAUGAAUUCAUGGGUUCAGAUGAUAUGGAAAUGACAAGGAACCACACUGUUCUCAUUGAUUCUCAGAAAAUGCAUGGAAUGUUAAAUCCGCCACUUUCCUCUUCAAGGAGGAGUAUAUGCAGCACAACUGCUAAAGAUAAGACCAUUAUCUUCUCAGAAGAUGACUAUGGUAUGGAAAUGACUGCAGCUCUGACAACUCCUAUUGAAGAAAUAAAUCAUCCAGCUAUAAGUGGUAAACCUAAAGUAAAACCAGGUUCUUGUGUGUUUGGUGAUAUAGGAAUGACAAGUUACCAAACAGAUACCAUUAGUCCCAAUGUGUUGGCAGCUGAGCCCUCAGACUCUGAUGACAUGGAAAUUACUAGGAGCCAAACUGUUUUUACUCACUCCAAAACCUGUGGUGUUGGACAAGCUAAUCCUUCACUUGCCUCUUCAAGGAAGAGUAUAUGCAGCACAACUGCUUCAGAUAAGACCAUUAUCUUCUCAGGGGAUGACUAUGGUAUGGAUAUGACUGCAGCUCUGACAACUCCUAUUGAAGAAAUAAAUCACCCAGCAAUGAGUGAGCAGAAAAAAGUUUUCAAAUCACCUAAAGUAAAACCAGGUUCUUAUGUGUUUGCUGAUAUAGGAAUGACAAGUCACCUAACAGAUGCCAUUAAUCCCAAUGUUUUGGCAGCUGAGCCCUCAGACUCUGAUGACAUGGAAAUUACUAGGAGCCAAACUGUUUUUACUCACUCCAAAACCUGUGGUGUUGGACAUGCUAAUCCUUCCCUUGCCACUGGAAGGAGAAGUUUGUCAUAUAUGCCCACAAAUAAAACGGUCAUAUUUUCAGAUGAUGACUUUGGCAUGGAAAUGACUACAGCACUUACUAUGCCUAUUGAGGAAAACCAUCCUCCUGUAAUUACAAAUAAAGAAAUGAACAGACAAAUUCCUCCUACAAAAUCUGUUGUUCAUUAUGAGCAGACUAAUAUGACAGGACCAUCAAGUAAUCAGAAUGGGCCUGGUAAGUGUGGAGGACCAACAGCCAUACAGUAUUUUGGCUCCGAUGAUAUGGAAAUUACUGGGAGCCAAACUAUUAUUGAUGGUGUUCGAAUGACUAAUCCUUCACAUGCUGCAGGAAGGCAAAGCUGGUCACAUGUGCCUGUCAACAAAAUUGAAGACGACUGUGGUAUGGAGAUGACUACAGCCCUAAUCGUGCCUGUUGAGGAACAUACACUUGUUCCCACAAGUGAAGGUAAAGCAGCAAUCAGCUUCCCCAGUACAAAUUGCAUUGGUGAAUCUGGACAAGUUGAUGGUAUGGAAAUGACCAGAAACCAAAUGGGUUCUGUUAGUCAAAAUGUUUUAGCGGCUGAGCACUUCGAUUCUGACAUGGAAAUUACUAGGAGCCAAACUGUCGCUAUUGACUCUAAAACCUGCAGUGUUGGAAUGGCUAAUACCUUUCAUGCCACCAGAAGGAAAAGUUUCUCAUGUAUGCCUGCUAAUGGAACAAUUAUGUUUUCAGAUGAGGACGUCGGUAUGGAAAUGACAACAGCCAUAGCUGCGCCUAUUGAGGAAAACCAUUCUCCUGUUAUUACAAAUAAUAUGUGUGAAGAAAUUCCUUUGGCAAAAUCUGCUCAUCUCUAUGAACAGGCUAACAAUCUACAACCAACAAAUAGUCAGAAAGUACCUGGUAAUCGCACUGGCUCAGCAGCUUCGGGCAGUUUUGACGCAGAUGACAUGAAAAUUACUAAGAGCCAAACUUUUGAUUCCAAAUCCUGUGCUGUUGGAAUGGCUUAUCCCUCAUCUCCAAUCAGAAGAAAAAGUAUUACAUGCAGACCUACUGACAAAACAGUGAUGUUUUCAGAGGAUGAUUUUGAUAUGGAGAUGACUACAGCUCACACUGUGCCUUUUGAGGAGAGCAGGCAUGUUCUCACAAAUGCUGGUAAAGCAUCAUUCAGGUUCCCAGGUAAAACAUCUACUGCUCAUUCUGGUCCAUCUCACCAUAUGGAAUUACUAAGUGAUCAGACAGGAUCUGUUAGUCACAGUCUAUUCACAACUGAACCCUCAAACUCAGAUGAUGUGGAUGUUACUAGGGUCCAAACUGUUGUUGACUAUAAAACUCCUGGUUUUGGGAUGGCCAACUCCUUAUGUUUGACUGGAAGGAAAAGUUUGUCAUAUAUGCCUGUGAACAAAACGUUGUCUUCAGAGGUGGACAUCAGAAGUGAUGGAGAGAUGACUACAGCCCUUGGCAUGCCUAUUAAGGAAAGCAGCCAUUGCAAUCUCACAAAGGCAUGUAGAGAAACAGCAAAGAUUUCAUCAGAUGAGUCUGAUGGCACAAGAAUGGUAAAUCAGUCAACUUCUAAUGAUGAAAUUCUUUCAUUGACCUCUCCAGCCUUUGUCUCUGAUAUGAGAAUGAAAAGUGAUGAAGCACUUGGUGCUGCAUCAGACACAAGCAAAGGCGCUCCUCCUCAGGAUAUCACUGUGUUUGCAGAAGAAAAUUAUAAUGGUAUGGAGAUGACAACAGCUUUUACUGUGGAAAUUGAUGAAAAUGCCUACAUCAAAGAAACUGCAACUGUUCCAUGUUUUGAUCUGCCCAAUACUGGAAUGACAAGCAGCCAAACGGAAUAUUCUGGGCCCUGUAAUAAUGAGGUUGCUAAACAAGGUAUUCAAACAACAGUUUCUAAUUCUGAUAUUCACCUGAAUGUGGGAAAAAUAGCAGUAACCGUAGCAAAAGGAAACACGUUGAAAGAAAACGAAAGGAAUUUAGCAUCAAUGGAUCAGAGCAGCUUCCCGGAACAUACAGUAAUGCAUUCUGAGCUGAAGGAUAACUGCAACAAAAACAAUGUUUUUGUCAUGGAUUGUACGGAUACAACAUGCAAAGAAAGUGAUGAUUUGGUCCACAAAAGGGACUCUGUUUUCACAGUUCAUCCAUUAUUAAACCAAAAUGAAAAGAAAUCUGUCAGAGCCUCUAAGAAAAUUUCCAGAAGAAUGAGUCUGACAGAUCUUCAGUCAAAGCUUAAUACUAUGAGGGAUAUUAUCAUUGAACCAGUAGACACAGCAAAUGGAUGUCUCACAGCUCCUGUCCCCCAGCUUUCAUCAGAAGUUAAAGAUUCAGUCUCUGAGUCUAGGAAUUGUCCUUCUAAUGAAGACUGCAAAAACUACCAACCAGCACUGCAUAGUCCACUAAAUAUCUCUAAGGAAGAUGAGAACGACCAAUGGAAAGAUGGUUUUGUUUGCACGACGCAAACUAACAUGACAGCUCCUAUCCCUUUCUUGAAAAGUAAACCAAAAAUAGGGAGGAUGUCUUUUGGUGGCUUUCUGCCCAAGCUCCCUCAAAAGAACAAAUCACUGAGCAAAAACUUUCCUGAAAUAACCAAAGGCGGUCAUUUGGAGAGCCUCUUAACGAAGAGAGUGUCGCAUGGUGCUUUCCAUCAUUCAAGUAGCGGCCCAGUUGAAAAUAUAGAUGAUGAGAUGCUUCCUGAGAUCAGCAGUGAGGAAGAUCUGUCAGAAACCAUUGAAGGUAGGGGGCAUGCAAGCAGCCGCAUCCAGGAAGACGCUUCGAAAGGAGAGUUAGGCCAGGAUGCUGUAGAUGAGCCAUUAGUGGAGGCACCAAUCCAAAAUGUCGCACAAGGCCUGAAAAGGUCUUCACCAAUGGAUGGCCAUGAAGAACGUACAGAGGAAAGGAAGACCAAGAAAAACCUAGAUUCAGAGGGAUCCUCCAAGUUUACAUCUCAGUUGAAUAGAAAUGUGGCAGAUGCUGCUGAGGAGAAUCCAUCAAGUACAACGGUCAAGACUUUGGACACGACCAACUCUAGUAAUAACUCCACCUACUUAAGGGCAGAAGGUACUUUUGACACUAGUGCUCAGAGAUGUAGUCAGUUUGAAACUGACUUUGAUGAAGCUACAGGGUAUGAGAUUGACCUUCAAAAGAAACUGGAUGAUGGCAGCAUUACGGUGAAGGAGUUCCUGAAUUUUUUCGGCAUUGACUUUGUCAUUCACAAACCACGGCAGAGUGUUCUUCCAGAUAAUUUUGCAUUAGCUCAUGAGCCACAGGACCUGCUUAUGGAGAAAUACGUCAACCGUCCCAAGCAGCAGGUUUACGAAGACGACAAUCAGGAACUCUCCAAGAUUGUUGAGAAACUGAAAACACGAAUGUGGGAUCAAAACAAACCUCUUAAAAUGAUUAAUCAGUCCUUUUGGGAAGUGGUGAAAACCUAUUCUGAUGAGCAGUUACAGAGAUUGAGGUCGAAGCUCAGAGAGAGGAAGGUAUACUUCCGAAAAAAGAGCAAAGGGUUCUCACAUGAGAUGAAGAUUGGGCUAUACAGCAGCCUGGUGCAAACCACUCAGCUUGCGCAGCAAAACUUGACAGAGAAGAUUAACGAGGCCGAUGAGUUCCUGAAAAACCUUGAUGAUUGUCUGCAGGACUUACAAGCUGAAUUGGACUUAAUGGACGAGGAAGGGUUGGAAGAAGUUGGAGCGAAUUCCGAGUUGAUGCACACAUUGGAGGUUAAGCAACAAGAACUGGAAAGUCUCAAUGUGGCUGUCACUGAAAAUGAAAGGGGUAUAAGUUUUCUUGUAAUGGAGAAGAACAGCAUUGAGGACAAAAUCUGCAGAAUUCAGGAAGAAACCAAGGAGUUUGAAAAGAAUAUUACAGUCCUAGACAGGGUGAUCGAAUGGAAGCUGUCUGAGGAGUCAGAGAGCAGAGCGCUUUACACCUUUCUCAAUGGAUCCGUGGAGCUGGAGGUGCUGUUUGAAUCAUGUGCCAAUACAACAGGGCAGACUGACCAGAAGGUUAAUGACAUCAGAUUUCAUUUACAGCUGGAUGAAGAGAACUCGAUGUGUUACGCCCGCCUCGUUCACAAACUGAUCAGCCAGUUCAUUAAAAGUGAAAGCAACUGGAUGGAGAAGUACCCCACCAGGCCUAACAUCCCACUGCUCCUACAUAAUGUCGCAUUGGUGGUGAGCCGCUGCCGUGUGCUGGGGGAGGAGAUCCACCAGUUGUGGAAGUGGGGCUCCCUGAAAUUUGAUGUCUUGCAGAUUGGAUGCCAGGAGACACAGAUCAGCAUUCUAUUCUCAAGUCUUAAGGCAUUUGCAAAGUUUGAAGUCACGCUGGCUAUUGAUCCUGCUUACCCAGCUUCUCAUCUGGAAGUGCUUACCUUCAAAAAUUACAUUGGAAAUACGAGGCUUGAGCAGCUGGAAGAAAUUGUGUCCACAGUCACGCCAGCCAGAAAUUACCUGACGAGGAUUGUUAAGAGGAUCCAUGACGUAAUCCUGCACUGAAGCGUGUGUGAACGUUAACCGCCCUUCUCCCAAGGAGACAAGUCACCACUUUUGAAUGCAGAGAAAAUCUGGGUUUAAAACUACAAGGUUUUACAGUAGGAGCAGGGGCUCGUUCAGACGCUAGAGGGCAGCGUAGGACCACUGGUGAUGAAUGCAUCGUGAAACUCAUGAGCCAAUGAACCUGGCAGUAUGAUAAAGCAUUAAUUAAAAAAUGUUUCGAUAGUUGCAUCAUUUGCAUUUCUGUUUAAUGUAAAUUCUUAUUCAUGUGUAAAAGGUCUUUUUACGAGAAUUUGUUUUUUACUGUUUAAAUCAUGCCACUUAGAUUGUUAUUGUCUAAUAAAUUGACACUUCGUGCAACAAGA